AAUUCAAAAAAAUGGAGUCUAAAUUCACCACUUUCUGCCUUACAUUUCUAUGUAUUAUUUCUUCUCUUCUAUACAUCUCAACCGCGCAACCAUCUUUGGCGGCGGCGGCGACCACCACGAAAACUUCCAGCACCGCCGACAAAACCUACGUCAAAAAAGCUUGCAAUACAACCACCUAUCCAAAAAUCUGCUACAAGUCUCUCUCCUCCUACGCAUCCGCCAUCAAAUCUAACCCACAAAAUCUCUGGGGCGCUGCUUUAAAUCUAACCCUACAAGUGGCACGCAACACGUCCGCAUUGGUGACAUCGGUUUUGAAAACCAAGGGGUUAAGCGGUGCGGAGGUUUCGGCGGUAAAAGAUUGUGUGGAUGAAAUCGGGGACUCGAUAGAUGAGCUUAAGCAGACUUUGAAGGCUCUGGGCCGGAUCGGAGGCCCAAAAGCAGAGUAUGAGAUGGCCAACAUGAGGACUUGGGUUAGUGCCGCGAUAACCGAUGAGGAUACUUGCAUUGAAGGGCUUGACGAAAAUAAGAAGAUAAGUUCAUCGGUGAGGAGUAAAAUUAGGAAUUAUAUAUUGAAUUUUGCUAGGAUGACUAGCAAUGCUUUGGCUCUUAUUAACACUUUAAAGUACUAAUCUAGUUUUAAUUAUUGUGGUUUAAUGUAUUUUCAUGUUCAAAUA